AUGGAGACAAAAUCAACAGAGAGCCCCACGGCACAGGUCUGCGAACCGCACACCGGUGAAGGCGCAAUUGAAAUCUACAUUGAUCCAAUCAAGGAGGCACGAAUGAUGCGUAAAUUUGACUUUUGCGCAAUCGGCUUGCUGGGAUUGUUCUACAUGAUGGCCAACCUGGACCGGAGCAACAUAGGAAAUGCUCAAACCGCAGGAAUGCCCCAAGACUUGGGUUUGGUGGGCAAUCAGUUUGGCACGGCCACUACUUUGCUGUACGCGACUUACGUUCCAUUCGAGGGACCGGUCGCAAUCCUUCUGAAAAUCAUUGGACCUAAGCCUCUUCUCUCCACGUGUGCUUUCUGCUGGGGAAUAACGACUCUUGGAAUGGCAUUCAUACAGUCUUGGAAGGGUCUCUACGCCUGCCGACUGCUAACAGGAUUCUUCGAAGCGGGCUUAAUCCCUUGCAUCAACGUUUAUAUCGCCCUCGUGUACAAGAAGAGUGAACGAGGAAAGCGCUCUGCAGUUAUCUUUGCAUUCAGUGCGUUUUCGAGCGCAUUCGGUGGAAUUCUCGCUUACGGCCUCACACAAGUCCACGGACCUCAUGGAUGGGAGGGAUGGCGCUGGCUUUUCGCUGUUGAAGGAGCUAUGACUCUAGUCCUUGUGCCAAUGUUCUUCUGCCUCUUCCCCAAGCACACAACUACCGCGUGGUUUCUAACGAGUGAAGAGAAGAGUAUGAUGCAAGCUCGCUACGACAAUGACCCACACUGGGGACAAGAUGAGGCGUUUACCUGGGCCGAGUCGUUGAGCGCAUUCGCUGAUCCCAAAUGGUGGGCAUUCUGGAUUUACCAAUUUAGCGUCGAUAUCUCGCUCUACGGUUUCACCACGUUCCUUCCCAAGAUCGUUUCCGGUUUGGGAUAUUCGGGUGUGCACGCAAACUUAAUGACUGUCCCGAUCUACAUGGUCGGUCUUGUCUGGUUUCUUACGAUUGCGUACUGCUCCGACAGAGUUGGUCUGCGAGGUCCCUUCCUCGCUGGGCCCCUACUAUGCCUGAUCAUUGGAUAUGCAAUUCUGAUUUCGGUGGAGAGUGUGAAAGUAAGAUUUUUCGCAUGUUUCGUUGUUGCCCUUGGUAUCUAUCCAACAACCGGAUUGUCACUCAUGUGGCUCCAAGACAAUACAGCUCGUCACUUUAAGCGAGCCACAAUGGUUGGAAUGACUCUUUGUUUCGGAAAUACUGCAGGUGUCGCUGUUGGUCAAAUUUUCACGACCCAGUCCGCGCCGAGAUAUAUCAAAGGGUUAUCUAUUAGUUUAGCUCUCGCGGUAGUAGCAUUGGCCAUGGUGGCUGCGUUGUCAAUUGGAAUGAUGAUAGUGAACAAGAAGCGGGCUGCAAGGAUGCAGAGAGCUGAGGAGGCAGGGGAAGUAUUGGACAAGAGACCCGAAAAAGGGGACUACGAUGUAUAUUUCCGGUAUUCACUGUAG